AUGACGGGCUUAAAUGCCGAGACCGAGUCAAUUCUUUCCAUAGCUUGCUUCGUCACCGACUACGACCUGAACCUGCUUGAUGACACUGGAUACGAAGCCAUCAUUCACCACGACAAGGCUAGGCUCGACGAGAUGGACGCCUGGUGCACAAAACACCAUGCCCUCUCAGGGCUCACUGAGGCUGUCAUAGCCUCCACCACCACCCACGAACAGGCUGCCGACGGUCUGCUCGCAUACGUCAAAAAAUACGCCCCAGAGCCUCGCAAAGCCCUUCUCGCCGGCAACACGGUCCACGCGGACAAGACCUUCCUCAAAAAGGCUCCCUACAACCUCUUGAUCAAGCAUCUCCACCACCGCAUCCUCGACGUCAGCGCCAUCAAGGAGGCUGCCAGGCGUUGGGCACCCGAAGCUGUCCUCAAGAAGUCUCCGCAGAAGAGAGGCCUCCACGAGGCCCGUGCCGACAUUCUAGAGAGCAUUGCUGAGGCAAAGUUCUACCGUGAUAUAUUCUUCAAACCUAGCAAGCUACCGGACCCCGAAAAUAUAUCUUGA